CGCACGAAGAGGGAUGAUCCAAUGACCCGGCGUCUGCAGAGCAGAAGAUAGUCCUUAUCAAGGCGAGCAUUUGGCAACCGUCUUGAGCGUCGGCGUUCGAAGCCGAGACACAGCGAUGGCUGCGGAGAGACUCUCGGAACAAGACCCGAACAUGAAGGAUGCGUACAUCAAGCAUCAACCCCUCUUGUAAUCGGCGACAGAGGGCCCAACAGUAUCUGUUACCAUCUUUUGAGACUUUCCCCCCACAAGCAGAAUUCAUACCAACAUGAGCGACCAGAUUCCCCAACUGGAACCGCAGAGCACUCAAGAAUGGAAGCAAACCGCCAAAGACGUGACAGCUGGCGCAGCUGGAGGCGUCGCACAAGUCCUUAUCGGACAACCAUUCGACCUCGUCAAGGUCCGUCUGCAGACCCAACAGGCUGGCAAUGCUUGGUCCGCUGCUCGCCAGAUAUGGGCCCAUGAAGGUCCUCUCGCGUUCUACAAGGGUACGCUGAUGCCGCUGCUCGGUGUCGGCGCUUGCGUUAGCAUCUCGUUCGGAGCCCUGCACACCUUCCGCCAGGUGCUGGAAUCGCACAACCGCCAUACCCGUCCCUCGCACGACCCGACCCUUUCCCUCCCUCAGUUCUACGUCGCUGGUGCCGGUGCAGGCCUGGUGACUAGCAUUGUCUCCGGCCCAGUGGAGCAUAUCCGCAUCCGACUCCAGACACAAUCCCACGGUGCGGGACGGAUCUACAUGGGGCCGUUUGACUGCGCCUGGAAACUGAUGAGGGCUGGCGGGCUGGCUGGACUGUAUCGCGGGCAAGUGAUGACGGUGGCCCGUGAGAUGCAUGGGUAUGGAGUGUGGUUCGCGACGUAUGAAGGGCUGAUGCGAUGGGCGAUGCAUCGGCAGGGCAAACGGCGCGAGGAGUUACCGGGCUGGCAGAUUGCGGUGUACGGAGGCUUGGCCGGGGAGGCGCUCUGGCUGUUGACUCAUCCGAUUGAUGUAAUCAAGAGUAAGAUGCAGAGUGAUGGCUUUGGACCGCAGAGGAAGUACCAUGGUGUGGGACAGGCGGUGCGCGACACGUGGGCUGUGAGUGGGUUGAGGGGCAUGUUUCAUGGUAUUGGACCGGCCUUGUUGAGAGCGAUGCCGGCAUCUGCUGGGACUUUUGUUGCGGCGGAGGUCGUGCGGAACAUGCUGAACUAG